AUAAACGUAAUACUCGCCUUACUCACCAACACACUUCUAUCCACAUUACUCGUACUCAUCGCAUUCUGACUGCCCCAACUAAAUAUUUACGCAGAAAAAGUAAGCCCCUAUGAAUGUGGGUUUGACCCCAUGGGAUCUGCUCGUCUACCCUUUUCCAUGAAAUUUUUCUUAGUAGCCAUCACAUUCUUACUGUUCGACCUAGAAAUUGCACUACUACUCCCUCUUCCCUGAGCCUCACAAACAAACAAUUUAUCAACCAUACUCACUAUAGCCCUUCUACUAAUCUCCCUGCUAGCCGCAAGCCUGGCCUACGAAUGAACCCAAAAAGGACUAGAAUGAACUGAAUA